CGGCCCAGAGCGAGGCUGCCUCUUUCCCCCUCCCCUCCCCCGCCCGCGCCUUCCCUCGCUACCGGCACGUUCGGCCGGCGGCAGCCGGGGCCCAACGGGCAGCGCCGCCCCGCAGCAGCCCGGCACCCACAGCUCCUCUCACCGGCUUCUCGGCUCGGCGACGCGGGCCGCAGCCCGGCGGGCCUUAAAGGGGGCGGCGGGUUCGGCGGUCGGCAGCAGAGCCGGGAAGGGGGUGGGGGGGGAUCCCGGCGGGCUCGAGCAGGGGCAGGGGCCCGGGAGGAGGCGGAGGAGCCGCGCUCUCUUCCACCUUCCCCUCCCGCCUCCGCCUCCCGCCAUGGCCGACAACGAGAAACUGGACAACCAGCGGCUGAAGAACUUCAAGAACAAAGGCCGCGACCUGGAGACUAUGAGAAGACAAAGAAAUGAAGUUGUUGUGGAGCUGAGAAAGAACAAAAGAGAUGAGCAUCUUCUAAAGAGGAGAAAUGUUCCCCAUGAAGAUAUCUGUGAAGAUUCUGAUAUCGAUGGCGACUUCAGAGUGCAAAAUACUUCUUUGGAGGCAAUAGUACAGAAUGCCUCAAGUGACAACCAGGGUAUACAGUUAAGCGCUGUGCAGGCAGCAAGAAAGCUGCUUUCCAGUGAUCGCAACCCACCAAUUGAUGACCUAAUAAAAUCAGGAAUAUUACCUAUUCUAGUGCACUGUCUUGAAAGAGAUGACAAUCCUUCCUUACAGUUUGAAGCUGCCUGGGCUUUGACAAACAUUGCCUCUGGAACCUCUGAACAAACACAGGCCGUAGUUCAAUCCAAUGCUGUGCCACUUUUUCUGAGACUGCUGCAUUCACCUCAUCAAAAUGUUUGUGAGCAAGCUGUGUGGGCUUUAGGAAAUAUCAUAGGUGAUGGGCCCCAGUGUAGAGAUUACGUUAUUAGCCUUGGAGUAGUGAAGCCACUGCUGUCUUUCAUCAGCCCAUCUAUUCCCAUAAACUUCUUAAGAAAUGUUACCUGGGUCAUGGUCAACUUGUGCCGUCACAAAGACCCUCCUCCACCCAUGGAAACCAUCCAGGAGAUCCUUCCAGCACUCUGUGUUCUAAUUCACCACACAGAUGUAAAUAUAUUGGUAGAUACAGUCUGGGCACUCUCAUACCUAACGGAUGCUGGCAAUGAACAGAUCCAGAUGGUCAUAGACUCUGGAAUAGUUCCUCAUUUGGUUCCACUUCUCAGUCAUCAAGAAGUUAAAGUGCAAACCGCUGCCCUGCGAGCUGUCGGAAACAUCGUCACUGGCACCGAUGAGCAGACGCAGGUAGUUCUGAAUUGUGAAGCUCUGUCACAUUUUCCAGCACUUCUGACACAUCCCAAAGAAAAAAUUAAUAAGGAAGCAGUGUGGUUCCUAUCUAACAUCACUGCAGGAAACCAGCAGCAAGUUCAGGCAGUAAUAGAUGCAAACCUUGUUCCAAUGAUAAUACAUCUGCUAGAUAAGGGUGACUUUGGCACUCAGAAAGAAGCUGCCUGGGCAAUAAGCAACCUGACCAUAAGUGGAAGAAAAGACCAAGUGGCAUACUUAAUUCAGCAACAUGUAAUUCCUCCCUUUUGCAAUUUGCUGACAGUAAAAGAUGCACAAGUUGUGCAAGUGGUUCUGGAUGGACUAAGUAAUAUAUUAAAAAUGGCUGAAGAUGAAGCAGAAACCAUAGCCAAUUUUAUAGAAGAAUGUGGAGGUCUGGAGAAAAUUGAACAACUACAGAAUCAUGAAAAUGAAGACAUCUACAAGCUGGCUUAUGAGAUCAUUGAUCAGUUCUUCUCUUCAGAUGAUAUUGAUGAAGAUCCCAGCCUGGUUCCAGAAGCGAUACAGGGCGGGACGUUUGGGUUCAAUUCAUCUGCCAACGUACCAGCAGAAGGGUUCCAGUUUUAGAGUGGUAUUUUGGGAAGUUAGGUACAAUGCAGCACUGAAUAAAAACAAACAAAAAAAAGGUUUGAUCCAUCAAUCUUGGCUCCUGGGAUCCGCUGCUGCAUUAAAUCGGGAAAGCAAAUGUGAAGAUUUCAUUUGGAAUCACAGCCAAAGCCCAAAUGAAGUCGAGCUGGCGAGUGGGUGCGAGUGAGAAUGAGUGGCAAAAUGUAACGACAAACUUCACACUGAAUGCUUAUGUAGAUUGUUCGAACACAAAGGGCUACAGGUGACGAAAGAUCCUCGGCGCCUGAGGAGGAACAAUGACUUCCUAGAGCGAUUGGGGGGAAGUGCAGUGCUCUCAUCAUCCAGCCUUGUAAGCAUCAGAGAAUAGGAUGCCCGUAGAAGUCGGAGGAGAACGAGCCCAGGCCUUGCUGUGAAGCACCGUGUGAAUGGACACCACUGAGUGAAUGUCUGGACUCGCUGCUGUGGAGCCGGGCUCCUCUUUCACUCCGCGGGGCUCCGCAGCCCUGCCGGCAGGCUCCCAGCCGUGGCUGUGUGUACGAGAGUGUGGGUGUGACGCUGUCUGUGAGCGCAUGCGAGCUUGAGCCGCCUUUAGGGGGCUGGCAACAAACCUAGGACAUCAUCCACCGGAGCUCUGGAGGGGGAACUUGACACUGGACACAAAGACCCGGUUAGCAGCAGACUCUGCUUUAUCCUGCAGCCUCUUUUUAGUUUGAGGGUUUUUUUUUCCCUCUUUAUUGUUUUUCCUCCCUCUUUAUUAGCUCCCCCCCUUCUCCUUUAUUUUGGGGUUGCUCCCCCCCUUCCCCUUUAUUUUGGGGUUGCUCCCCCCCUUCCCCUUUAUUUUGGGGUUGCUCCCCCCCUUCCCCUUUAUUUUGGGGUUGCUCCCCCCCUUCCCCUUUAUUUUGGGGUUGCUCCCCCCCCUCCCCUUUAUUUUGUUUCCCCCCUUUUCCCCUUUAUUUUGGGUUUUCCCUCCCUCUUUUAUUUUUUCCUCCCACUUUAACCCCCCUCCCCCUUUUUUUUUUCCUUUCCUGUAUGGCUUCUUUUAGUCGUUUGUAAAAUCAGAAUUUCAGGAAGGCUUUUUCCCUCUGUGCAUUUGCACCAGAUGAAUGUUUGAUGUUGUGUAAAAGCUUUCCAUAUCAUCACCAAAAAAACCCAACCAAACAAACAAACCCCCUUAAAUUGUAGAUUUAUUUUCUUUUUUAUUUUCUUUGUUCUGUUUUGUUCUGUUUCUCUUUGCAUGGAAAAAAAAAGGCAGCAAGAAAACUCCUCCGUUUCCCUUUCAACUAGACUGUGUUGCAGUACACAAGUUGCCAUAAUAGUAGAAACCAGUAAAAUGUGGUAAUAAAAAGACUUGAAGAAGAAAUAAUAAUUAAUAAUAAAUAAAAUCUCAUCCUUUUCAUUUUUCAGAGAUAACCUGGAAGACCUUUGCAUGUGGUUUAAUCUCCAGCAUAGCCUCAUUUUUUAGAUUCUGUUGAGUCCUGUAAGCAGCUGUUCCGUUGUGGUAGGAUUAAAAAACAAACAAACAAAAUACCUGUGCUGUGUUUCUUCAAUGUUAAUUGUUUUCAGACUUUGUUUUCUAUGAAAAUGAUAUGGAAACUUCUAGAGGAAAGAAAAAAGGCAAUUUGGUGCAUCUGUACUGCAGAAUUUAAGACAGCAAAUAAGAGGUGUGAAUAGAUGUACAAAUCAAGUAAUGGUUUGAACACCUUUAAUAUUGCCUAAUCCAAUUGUUUUAGACUCUUUUUAGAUGUAGGCAGCCAUGAACAAUCUUAUUUUGAGCCACUUUAGAAAGAAAGGAAAGAAAAAAAACAAAGGUUAAAAAAAAAAAUCAAACCCAAGCUUUGUAUUUUUAAACAUUGCACUUAAAAAUAACAAGAACAACAAAAGGGAUUGUGUUCUGUUGGGUUUUAUUAUUAACCAGUGGGAUUAAAGCCUCAGGGUUUGGGUUUGGCAGCUGAAAUUGGAAGGUGAGCUGAACAAAUUGAGGCUCCCAAGUAAACUCUUGCUAAGGUGGCUCACUGUAGGAAAUGCUGUGCCUUCCCCUUUUCUGAGCACAAAGUGUUGCAUGAACAACAGUUUGCUAUAAUAAAACCAUACCAGAUUAGCCACCAUUUCUAGCAUCUCCUAUCUACCUUUUUUGUGGGGUUGUUGGGGUGUUUGUUUAUUUUUUUUUCUUUGAGGUUUUGUUUUGUUUGGGUUUGGUGGUUGUUUUAUUUUUGGGCUUUUUGUUUUGUUAAAUCAACUUGGUAAUUCUUGAAACACUGUAGAAUGGAUUAAAACAGAAAGAAAAGAUUAUUUUGUGAUCAUAAGUCUUUGUUGGACUCUAUAGAGUAUUUUUGCAGCAUUCCUUUGUCAUCAGAGAAAAAAACAAAAAUCGCAAAGUUUAAAGAGAACAGCAAAAGUAGAAGCAGUGAGAAACUAGCUUGUGAAAUUUACCCGAGUAGAGCAGGCUAAGGGCUGUCUUGGGGAAAUAAACAUGGAAACUUGCAA